AUGCGUGGCGGAAUUUCCAUGAUUACUCCUCGGUACACUAAAGCAAUCAACAAGUACCUGCAGGACUAUGACCCUGAGAAGCCUACCUUUUUCAUUACUUAUAAAGAUGCAAACAAUUUAUAUGGUCAUGCAAUGUCGCAACCACUUCCUAUUGGAGAUUUUAAAUGGAUGCCUGAGCGUGAGAUAGCGUCUUUGGAUGUCACGACUGUCAUUUAUGACGCUGACACUGGUUACAUUUUAGAGGUUGACCUGGAAUAUCCACCUGAACUCUAUGACCUUCACUCAGAUUACCCGUUGGCUCCAGAAAAGAUUGAAAUCUCUCCAGAGAUGUUGGCUCCCUAUCAGCUAAAUUUGAAAGAUGAACUAGAGUACAAACCCUCUAAAGUAGCUAAACUGGUGCCUAACCUCUGGAAUAAGCGCAAGUAUGUCAUUCAUUACAGAAACCUGAAACAGUUCCUCUCCUUAGGCAUGAAACUCACUAAGAUCCACCGAGUACUGCAAUUCAAUCAGGAAGCCUGGCUGAAACCCUAUAUUGAGCUCAACACUCAACUGAGACGGGAGGCUGAGACUGACUUUGACAAAGAUUUCUUUAAGUUGAUGAACAACUUGGUCUUUGGCAAAACCUUGGAGGAUGUAAGAGAGAGAGUGAACAUCAAGUUGGUCACUGAGCCUUCUACCUUCAAGAAACACGUGGCUAAAGUGACGUACAAGACGAGUGUGGUAUUCUUCAACGAUGAGGAGAAGAAAGACUAUUUCGUGGGGGUUGAAAGGAAGCACACCUCGGUGGUGUUGGAUAAACCCAUCUACACGGGGUUCAUUGUCUUAGAGCUCUCCAAGUUACACAUGUAUAACUUUCACUACAAAGUUAUGAUGGCUAAAUAUGGUCCUGAGAAAGCAAAGUUGUUAUUCAGUGACACAGACAGCUUGACCUUCCAAAUCAAGACAGACGACCUGUACCAAGAUAUGUUGGAGGAUCAGGAUCUCUUCGACACCAGCAAUUACCCAAGAGAGCACCCACUCUACUACAGUUCAGCCAAUUUAAAGGUCAUCGGGGAGUUUAAAGACGAGACCGGUGGCCUUCCAGUCGGAGAGUGGGUUGGUCUACGAGCAAAAAUGUAUUUGAUGGUGACUGAGGGCGGAAAAGAGAAAAAGACAGGCAAAGGGAUCAAGAAAAGUGUCUUAAAAAAAGAGGUCAGACUUGAAGACUUUAAAGACUGUUUGUUAGAGCGCAGGAAAUAUCAGCAUUCCAUGAUGGGUUUUCAAAGUCAACGGCAUCAACUGUUUACCGUUAAACGGACAAAAAAGUCGUUAAGUCCGUUUGACGAUAAACGGUUCAUUCUUGAGGAUGGCUGUAUGACAAGAGCCUAUGGACAUUGGAGAAAUGCUACUGCAAGGCCUUGA